AUGCCCGCCACGACAGCAGAGACGCUGUCACUCGUGACCCGCACCGUCUCGGUUGCGCCGCUCGUGCUCCUCUCGGCAGCAGAUCACUACGGCCGCCAGGCAAAGGGGACACGGAAACGAGUAGUCGGUGUGCUUUUGGGACAGAACGAUGGCACCAACGUCAGGGUGUCGAACAGCUUCGCAGUACCGUUCGAGGAGGACGAGAAAGACCCAUCGGUAUGGUUCUUGGACCACAACUACGUCGAGUCGAUGAACGACAUGUUCAAGAAGAUCAACGCACGCGAGAAGCUCAUCGGCUGGUAUCACACAGGGCCCAAGCUGCGCGCAUCAGACUUGGAGGUCAACGAGCUAUUCAAGCGCUACACACCAAACCCUCUGCUCGUCAUCAUCGACGUGCAGCCGAAGGAGGUGGGCGUGCCAACAGACGCCUACUUCGCCGUCGAAGAGAUCAAGGAUGACGGCACAACAACCUCCAAGACCUUCGUCCACACACCCUCGAUAAUCGAAGCAGAAGAAGCAGAAGAGAUUGGUGUCGAGCACCUUCUCCGUGAUAUCCGCGACGUUGCAGUCGGCACUCUCUCCACCCGUAUUACUUCGCAACUCCAGUCGCUGCAAGGCCUGCAUCUGCGACUGCGCGAUAUCGGGCAGUACCUGCAAAAGGUCCUCGAUGAAGACCUGCCCGUGAACCACGCGAUUCUUGGCAAUCUACAAGACGUAUUCAACCUCCUCCCGAACCUGUCGACACCAAAGCCCACACCGGUCGGCGGAGCUGCCAACGGUGUCGGAGCAGCAGCAGGCGCAGCAGGCGCCAUCGACAACGGCGAGCUCGCACGUGCAAUGAGCGUCAAGACAAACGACCAGCUCAUGGCCAUCUACCUCUCGAGUUUGAUCCGCGCCAUCACAGCCUUCCACGACUUGAUCGAGAACAAGAUCCAGAACAAGCAGCAGGCAGAGGACAAGGAGGCGAAGCAGGACGAGGGCAAGGACGGCGACAAGGACAAGAAGGCGGAUGGUGUAAACGGCGAGGCGAAGGAGGGCGACAAGAGCAAAGAGAAGGGCAAGGAUGAGAAGAAGAAGCCAUGA